AUGUCAUUUGAAACUUUCAGUAUGUCACAAAAUGAUGGGAUUACGCAGUCGGAGCAAGAAAUAUUAAAUGUACCACUUGGAUGCGCCACCAAGACCCAAAGAUUUUGGUAUAUGGAUGGAUUAUUAGCGUUGGGCAUGGGUAGAUUCUCAUUUUAUAGUUUCCUGAAAGAUAACUAUGGUGUUACAAUGUUCUCGUAUUGUCUCUUGGAUCAAAUAAAUGAACGAGAAGAUCAAUCAGAUAUGUUAUUCGGCGAACAAGUAGUAUCAAAUCUGACACAAUUCACACCUAUGAUUCGUGAUUAUUAUUCUAAUGAGCAUUAUGCGGUCUCAUUGUCAAGAAUCCAAGUUGAGGGUGAAGCACUGGAUAGCUACAUGUUUCCGAUAAAGAUGGUCGUUGACACAGGAUCGCUGAUUACUGAUUUACCUAGUCCGGUGUACAACGUAUUAGAGAGAAAAUUCCUUGGUGUUGCUAAUGAACUGGCUUGGGGACGGGCCAUAAACAUAAGUGAUAAUUAUCCAUGCUAUAUAAUAGAUCCGGAUCAGAUCAGCGCCUCAUCAACGAUCACCUUUACAUUCCAAAAAGAUGCUAAACUAAUAUUACGUCCCCAUAAUAUCUGGCGCUAUAUUGAUGAAGAUGGUGCUGCUUGUUUUGCAUUUGCCGAUGCAUCUGAAGCUUCGGACCUCAAGAUUAACAUUUUGGGAAAUAUUCAACAGCAGGGAUUACGGGUGAUUAUUGAUCAGACAACCGAGGAUCGCAUAGGGUUUGACCCUCUCGGCUGUUGA